GGAUAUUCGCGCGAGUAUUCAUUCAACCGUGAGGUCCGGCGCCGAGAUGGAGCGACGCCGAAGCAUGGGCCAGCGCCAAGGCAUGGAAGGAGCAUGGGAAGUCUUCUGGGCCGAGAAGGAGCAAGCUCAGGAACUUCCGAGCGGGGACAUGUCCAUGUUCGUGGGCUCGUCGUCGGGCGAGGAAGCGGCGACGGCCGUCGAGCGGGCGGUCAAGGGCGUCGCCCCGGAGACUGCGCUCCGCGACUUGGAGGCCAUCAUGGGCACGCCCGAGACGCUCCAGCGCAUGUUGACCGUGUACGACGACAGCGAUAGCUUCAUCCGGAUCCUCUUGCGCCUCGAUGCGAUCCAGACACCUCUCAUCGACCUCCUCCUCGAGGUGCUCAGCGAACAUGCGCACCAGCUCGAGACGUCCAUCAUGUCGUCGGCGGUCUGCGGCCUUAUCUUGCGUCAUAUCCGCUGGAUCGAGUACAUCUCUGCGCCGUCCGAGCUUGUCCAGAAGUUUGUCGGGACGCUACCGACCUUCCCCACGUCGCUCCAGAAGGACAUCAUCCACAUCCUCCCCGAGCUCGUACCCGAUACGGACUUUUCGAUGGCCGUCGACGCGCUCCUCGAGAUCAUUAGCAGCGAGUCGACGCUGGUCGUCGCCGCGGUCGAGGCCCUCGGCAACUUCAACAUUCCCGCUUACCAGCUUGAGGACGUGGUCACGAGCGUCCUCAAUCGGCUCUCGUCGUCGCCGGUCGAGGACCUCCCACCACUGGUGCGCUUCCUCGUCCAAGCCUCGUCGUCCGACAACAUGGUCGUGAUCCUCAGCCAAAUGCGAGAGAAGCUCAGCCAGUGCAUCACGUCGUCGCUCCAAGAGACGACUGCGAACGACGAAGCGCUCCUCCUUCAGCAGUUUGUCCAGGGCAUGACGUUCCGAACCGACUUUAUGAACGCAUUCCUCAAGAUGGUGACCAGCAUCAAGACGGCCGAGCACCAUUUCCUCCUCGAUAUUUGGGGCCUCCUCGGGCUCCAUACUCUUCUGCACGUCCGCCCCAAGGUCGAGAGCAUUCUAAAAAAAAAGGUAGUCUCCGGGCUCUUCACAAAGGAGCUUCUUCGGGCCGCCAUUGCCGGACGCCUCGGGGCGCUCGAGCCGUACUUCAAGAACAUCCUGCAGCUUCUCCACGUCUUCUUCACGUCGCCGGACGCACAUGCGCGCGACAUGGGCAGCUACGUGCUGCAGCUGCUCUUUCACGAGGCCAGUCGCCGGCCACAACACGCCUACACGUACCAAUCCGAGAUGGUCACGACCGUGCUCGGGUUCUGCGUGACGGCUUCGCCCAAGACGGUCGAUUCGGGCUUGGAGACGCUCUUGGCGCUGCUGGACCACGCGCCGGGCUGCCUCACGACGUUCCUUCCGCUCCUCAAACAGCUCCUCGACUAUAUCGAUACGUUCACGGUGGAGCAGUGUCGCUACGUGUACCAGCUGCUCGUGCACGUCGGUGGGACGACCGACGCGGACCUUGCGAUUACGAUCCGCAAGCAGCUCUACCACCAAGACAACCAGUACCGGAAGCUCGGCAUGAUUGGGUACAUUUGUGUCAUCGAAGAAGAGAUCAUCAACAGCGCUGAAGCAAGCUCGAUCGAAAGCACCGAAGACAAUAGCUUCGAUUCACCGGUGCAGCAGCUUUUCGUGCGCAAACUGCGCGAUGGCAUGGAGGCGCUGAAGGACGCGUGUCGGAAGCAGCCCAAGUGCCUCGCCUUCAUGUACGCGGAGCUCAACCACCUCGUGUGUCGGAUUCCGCAAAACACGACUGCGAUUCAAGUCAUUUCGGAUGGCUACUCGGACAUUCUCGCGACCCAAUUUUUGCCCAAUUUCGACGUCUUGCGCCACCGUAACGGCGACUACAAGCUCGCCGUCAUGGGCGGUGCGUUCCGGACUGAGCUCUGGGCGAUCCUCAACAGUCAGUCGCUCGUCUAUCUCGACUUGAUGAAUCUGAUUGCGUCCAGCGAUACGUCCGACAAGGAGCACUUGGUGUACCUCUGCAACCUCUUGCAUCUCGUCGUCUCUUGUUCCAAGCGGCUCGAUGGUCUCGAGAGCAUUGGCACGGUGCUAGUGUGCCCUAUCAUGCUCAUGGAGAAGAGCAUUCUAUCGGACGUCAACGAGCUAAAGGCCCCCGUGCAAGAAGCGAUCUGCCUCUGCCUCUGGUACGCCGUCAACUGGUGCCGCGAUCUGCUCAACUGCUUUUGCGCCGACGUAACGCUGCGGCCCAAGGUCAUGGCGCGCCUUGAGAACGCGGUGCAGUUCGAGUCGAUGCUGCUCGAGAUCGUGACUAACCUCCCGCCGAAUACGUGGACACCACCCGGUGUUGAUGUGACGACCAUCGCCGACCGCGCAGGCGCGAAGGAAAGCCAAAAGACGCUCGCUGCGACGACCAAGAAGGGCAAAGGAAAGCAGUCGGUGAGUGCGACGGCGUCGCAGGCCAAGCUCAAGCUCGUUCUGCGCUCUCUCGCGCCAUUGCACCCCAGCGUCAUGAGCAUCCUUCCCGAUACUCAAGAGGAUCAAGGCUGCAUUGACCCGCCGUCGCUCGUGUUUCUCCUCUCGCACUUUAAAGAGUUUUUGAAGACGUCAGUCGCCAAGAUGCACGCGUCACCGGGGUUCUGGGCCGGCGCCGUGACGAACCGAUCCCGCCCGAUCCUCGAGCACCAAGCAAUCGAGCACGAGCGCGGAUUGGAACUCUUCUCGGCGCAUUUGCAGCCCAAGCUCGCGGCUGUCAAGAACAACGCGCGCUGGGCGCUGGCGUCCAUCGACACUGACGUGGACGCCGAUGAGAGUUUGCGGCAGGUCGUCAUCAUGUACCUCCAGUGCAUCGACCUCCUCGGGAGCAGCGACGUGUUCCGCCAGCAGGAAGCCCCGCAAGUCCAAAUCGACGUGCUCAUGGACCUCAUCUUGCCCAAGCCGAUGACCGGGAGCAAUGCGUUCCAGGCCAUCAAGGCCAUGAUGGGCGUGCUCUUUGAGCUCCAGCAGUCGAGUGCGAUCGAAGACGACUUGGAGGUCGGACUGCACUUUGUACGGGCGCUCGCGACGCUCGAGGCGCUCAAAACGUCUCAAGGCCGUGGUCGACAACCGCAGGGGGUCCUUUUCUCGUCCUCGAAAGGAAACAAGGACGGCGACUACCGCCUCGGCGAGCUCGCCCACGAAAUCCUCAAGAAGAAUUGGUGGGCCAGCGCCAAGGCCAACUACAAGCCGAGCGAUGUCUCGAUGGUGCUCCAUGCCUUCUUGGACAACUCGGGACAGCCCCUCGAUGCGAUCCAAGAGCUCGCAAUUCACGGGUUUGGCAACCUUCUCGAGCACCCCUCGGCAUCCUCCGAGACAUACCCCACGCUGAACAAGAAGACGGUUGGCGUGCACCUCCGUGCCUGCUGCGAGACCCUCGUGCGGUCCACGUCACGCUUGGAUUUUUCACCGGGCGCCAACGACGUGCCUGUUCUACUGCACUACCUCACGCAAGCCGCGCUCCUCUUCAAAUUCCUCGUCGGAUUGACCAAGAGCUUCCAAUCGGGCCCGAUUAUUGCGACCGUUCUCAAGCACGCAAGUGGCUUUAUCGAGAACCUACUCGGAGCGAUGCCGUUCUUUGAGGCCCACUUCCGCAGCCACAGUUCGCGCAUUCUCAAGAUCAUGCUUGAAGUCCAAGGCGGCACGCGCAAGCUCCAGAUCCUCUGCGCACACGGCAAGUCGACGCUCGAUGCAUCGGCGGCGGCGCACGUGCCCAAGAUGAAGAAGCUCCUCGAGCGCGUUAUCUACGGCGGCGAAAAGCUCGCGCGCGAAAACAACGUGAUGGACGCGUACACCACCGGCGUCCUCAAGCACCGCAACAUUGACGGCUCGUCCAUCAAGACGGCCGCAAUGCCGACGACCGAGUCGGAGGACAAUGACGACAGCGAUGCGACACACGAAGAGAGCGCACAAGAGAAUCCCGCGCCCGACGACGAGGAUGAAGAAGACGAAGACGACGGCGAGUAGGUUGAACCGCCAGUAAUGGUUCUGGCCACGGACACACCGCAUGAACGAGUUCUCCCAGCCACAAACACUGAAAGCUGUGGGGUUGAUACCAAAUGACUCGGAUCCACGCCUGAACAUAUGCAUGCAAUUAUGCAAUU